AUGAGACUGCCGCGCCGCGUACCGUGGGCCCACAUCGGCGAGCUCGAACAAGUAUGCUCGUGGAUAUACACGGACGAAAAUGAUCUUGACGCGAAGGAGCUCGCUGUCAACAAACUUGCGGCAUGGAAGGCCGUGACAUCGCUUCCUCACGCUCUCGAGUCCGCGCAUGCGCUGCUCACGGUCACACUGCACGACAUGGCGCUGCAAAGUCAAGGGUCCUCUUCGUACUUGUCGUUGAGGCAGGGCUACUCCACCGCGGUCAUUCGACUCGUGAAUGGCCUCGUCGACCCGCUACAACUCGGCGCGUACGCUCGCUCGAUUAACAGCAUCGCAGCACAGCUAGGACUCCCUCAAUGGCUCGUAGAACUCCGGCACGCCGCGACGCACGAAGACCUGCCUAGCAUCGAAGUCCUCAGAGAAGCAGCGCGGCAGGCGAUGGCCUGGCUCCUCAACAAUUAUUUCCUGCCCACGCUCAACCCGUCGGCACCUUAUGCGUCUCAACUUCAGCGACCGGCUCUCCGGCCCAUCGCACCGCUAUUGAAACAAUACAAGGCGCUGGCAAAGGCGACUGCCCGGGAUGCGAGCCUUGCCACCAAGUUUAGGCACGACAUGGCGCGUUUAUUAAGAGACGUAGAACGGUGGAUUGCGGAGGCGAAGGUCGCAGCGCCUGUUGCGGCGACUGCCUGGGACGACAUCGACAGCGAAGAGGGAGAGGGAAGCGACCCUAGAGAACGCUGGGCCUUGGACAGAUUAGCCGAGGCAUUGCUGGAGAAAGGGGCACUAGUUCCGGUAUCCAAGAAGAAGCGAAUGCUAUCUUCUACAGCGUUUCACCCUUCUCCAUUCAUUCUCAACAUCUGGACACCCCUCUUGGCUCAUCUUCAAUCGCUCCACCCAAGUCUACCGGUUGCUCUGAUUUCUAAUGCUGUCUCACACCUUAGCAGUCAAGAGCAAAUUGCGCAGACACCUGACGCAGACGUGGUAAUGCUGGACGCAGAACAGGAAAAGCAGAAACAGGACGCCACCCACGACCGCUGCAUCGCUGGCUGGGUGAAUUGGCUUGUGGACACCUAUGGCAGGAAGGAGGACGACGCGUAUGGGGAUGACGAUAUUUACGUCAGUAGGGCAGACGUCGUCUCGAAGCUGGUUGCAGCUCUGGGGCCCACCAGGGCUUUCUCGGGUACCAGAGAAAAAAGAGUACAGGAGCUUCUACGAGCACUCAGCGAGGGUCAUCCUACGCUUGAGAAGGCAGCCUCGCUCGUGCUCAAUAUGCCACGUCCUGUUCCAUCCAGCCAGACCUGGCAGGAGGCUGACAUGCUGCUCAUGCACGAGCGCCUCUCCACCCUCCUCUCCCUGCAAACAGAGGCGCCAUCUCUCGAACCCAACGGACGCGCCGAGGCUGUCGAAACACAGCCUGUAGGGGAGCCGAUCGUGAGCCCCGCCUCUCGGCUCCCUCCAGGCUGGAGAAGGGUUUCGAGGGACGACGGCUGGAAACCCUCGCCCAUCGGCGUCUUCGUCCCCUGCGUGGCAGCUUAG